ACUCUCCUAAAGUCCGCGCGGCUCCCACGGAUAACGGAGACAUUACUGCAGCUCGUGCCGGCUCGCCUUGUUUCUGCUGCUUUACCGGCUCGAGGAAGGACAACCCGCCGCACCCUGAGCAGCUCCUGGAUUGACAUCGUGGAUUCCUUCUAUUUUUUCUUUGAGCUGUGAACUUUUCCUGCUCCCCUUGAGCUCGUGACGCCGUCUAACCCUCACUCUGACCGAGACAUGGCAGAGAAGCGGAGGUCCCCGUGCGCGCUGAGCGUCAAGGCGCACGCGUUCUCCGUGGAGGCGCUGAUCGGUGCGGAGAAAAGACGCAGGACGACGACGACGACUACAACCGGAGAGGAGGCCGUGUCACCCGUGUACGACGACGGGACUGAUGUGUCGGAUCUGACCGGGAGCCCGGGGCCGCGAGCCGACAGAGCAUGCACGAGCGACCGGGGCAGCGAGGCGGAGUGUGCGAGCGACGGAUCCCGUAAGUAAAUAGUUUGGAUAAAACAGAGAAAGAGAAUAAAAGGUCACUGAAAUUACGAUGCAGUGUUACUUGGCAACCAAACAGGCCUAUUAUACUAUAUUAUAUUAUUAUGGGAUGUUUCUGUUUUAAUGAUUUAAGCAGUUAAACAUGGGUCAGAUCACUUUAAGAAGUUUAAUCUAAACUUCAUCACAGAUCUUAUUUAAAGGCACGACAUGGCACAGACUGAUAUAAACACAAAUGCGUAAAAAUAGGGUUUUUAUGGUUUCCUUCUCGAGGUCAAAACUGCUCCAUGAAACUUCUUCAACUUGUUUUUCUUCUUAUUGUUUUCACACAUAUUAAAAUAAAACUUUCUGCUGAGGGAAAAAAAAAUCAGAAAUAAAAAGCCAAAGUGGACAUUUUUAAACCAAACAACCAUCGUCUACGGUCGGAGCCCUUAGGGCGGAAAUGUGAUAUAAUAUCACGGCCCUGGUCUAGUAAAUAUGAGUGGUGUGAGUGUGACUAAUGUGAGCCGCUUUAUGAGUUGUGUUGCAAUCAUAAACACGCCAAUUAGCAGCGCGUAAAGGCCGGGGCAGCAGGAGAGCAGAGGAUGCUGAGAGGUCUGCACAAAGGGCCCUGACAAAUGAGGAUUGAAGCUGAAAACACACCGAGCUGAGGGUUCGUCUGAGUGUUACUCUGGCUUGUUAGAACCACGUCUGGUGUGCGUAAAUUUCCUCCACGAUACAAAACACUGCAGAGAGACGCAUAAACACUGCUAUUAGACUAUCCUCUAAACAUGUCUUCGCUAUUGAAAGACUUUUUUACCAAGAGUACCCCAUCAUAAAAAUACCCUACAGCCGCUAUUUUGGAGUUAAAUUGGAGUAUGGAGUAACGAGUGAAUAGUAAACUUGCCAUUUUUCUGCAGCAUCAUAAUAAACCAUGUUUAACAGGCCCUCGAUUCAGUAAUGGCUUUAAAUUGACCUCAGGUUUAAAGACACAAAUGCAAAAUGACUUUCUAUUCUUAUUAAGAGGAAGUUUAAUGGGUUUAAUCACUAAAAAGCAUUUCAUCUCUUAAAAAUAACCGAGCUAUAAAAUAGAGAGCAGUGUGUUUUAAAACAUGGACUUUUCAUGAGCUGCUGAAAGUGUUUUUCAUCGAUCUACAGCUGCAGAUUAAAGCGCACGACGUCUUUCAUUAAUAGUCGAAUUUAAAGCUUUAUGUCAGAUACAAAACGAGCCUCGUCGCUGAAUAAAACCCGUCCUGCUGUAAUGUUUCAGUCUCCUCAUUAACAACGGAGACCAAAAACUGUAAAACACCUUGUAGCCUGAAUGUCUGAUGCCUUUUUGUUGGCUGGGAUGUCUGUGUUUCCAUUAAAAAACGUGUUUAUUUCCUCUCUCUUUUUCUCUCUCCUCGGCUGCAGCAGAGAGCGAGGACGCGUUGCUGGAGAGCCCGCAGCCCGCAGCUCUGUGCGCGGCGCCGCUUACCGGCACCGGGGAGGAGACCCGCGUGGACCUGCAGGGAUCAGACCUGUGGAAACGGUUCCACGAGAUUGGCACGGAAAUGAUUAUUACCAAGGCUGGACGGUGAGAAGGGCUUUACAUUUGCACUAAAAAAUGUUGAUUUUACGGCAUGCAUGUAGGCCUAAAUGAGAUGAAAAAUACAUGUUUACGCACUCAGUCUUAUUUGAUUUUGCGUAAUUAGAGAUAAAAUAAUCCAAAAGAUGUAAUAAAAUAACAGCUAAACGUUCAUUUUCUUUUUGCAUUUUUAUGAUUUUCUUUAUUAUUCUUGAGUAUUAAUGUCCUGGGCCGGACUGAAACCUGUAACUCAGAUGAUUUAUUCAUGUUUCCUGUCAGGCGGAUGUUCCCUGCUAUGCGCGUAAAGAUUACGGGUUUGGACCCCCAUCAGCAGUAUUACAUCGCCAUGGAUAUAAUCCCCGUGGACAACAAGCGAUACAGGUGAGACAUGAACAAACACACGCACAGAAACGUCGUGGUGUGUGUGUAGUGUCCUCAGCUGUUUUAUUCCCAGCAUCACGAGGUUCUUGUCUGUGGCCUAUAAGAGAGUAAAACUGCAUUUCUGAAUUUAGACUCUAUACAAAGUGUUUCUUGGACACCGUGAGAGUGUUUUUUUUUCUAUCGUGCAGCCCCACAAAUGGCGCUUGGCUCGGGUGUUCACAGUCACGGCGGUUUUGCUGUCCCCGUUUGGAGAAAGGGCCUUUUGGGCGUCUAUAACCUCUCCAGACUGCGAGGUCAAACCAGCAAAUGUUGAUUUAAUGUAGAAAAAACAACGUGAUUGUGCGACCGAUGCAGCCAGUUAUGUCCAUGAUAUAAACACUUAUUGGUCUGUCAUUUUGGUGGGACACUUUUAGCAGCCUGAGUGAUGAGUGAGGAAGCAUAUUAUAUACGCUUUUAUCCUGCAGUCUGAUCAGAUAUAACAUACAAGUGCAGUGGGCUCAGAGCUCUGCAUGAGGAAGAGUCUGCAGGUGAUUAAGUCACCUUUAACCUGAUGAACCAACAUCUGAUUUAAUUGCAUAGAAAUAUAUCAUUCAAAAUUAUAUCUUUAGUUCUGUUCUAGUGUAAAAGUGAAAUAAUGAUGAUCUUCGGUGGAGGAUUUCUGAAGCUCAAAUAUGCGAUUCAGUGUGAGGCAGAGAUUUAUAAUUCCAUCUCUUAUCAAUUCAUUUUUAUUUCCUUAUUAUUAUGAUUUAGCCUUAAUUUUCAGCAUUUUUUAGUAUUUAUUUAAGCUGUCUAAUUAGCAUAGCUCAAGAUGUCUGAGAUAAAAAGUCUAACGUAAAAAAUAGAUGAACUUUUAUAGGAGAAUAAAAACACAUGAAAGUAUUUCUUAUUUUCCAACAUGGAUCUAUCGGCUUUUUUAAGAUCAGUUUUCCAGCAAUGGUUUGAUUUCAUUUAAAGAGGGUGAGAAAGUCAAGGUUUUUGUUAUUGAGGUUAAAAUAUUUUUGAAUUUCAUAUUUUUUUAUCUCAAGUGGGUUCAGACGGUCUGUUUAUUGCAGAAGUUCCUGUUAGAAGAUGGUGAUUUUUCGGGUUUAUCUUAUAAUAGGAUGUUUAAGUGAAUAUUUCUGUUCUACUACAAUAAGCCCCUCUCUGCUUAUCUCGACCUCUGUCUAAUCUGCACAGUCUUUAAUUUGCACGACAUAUGAAAACCGAAUACUGGUUUAAUCCUUUAUCACUCUGUGUCUGUGUGUGUGUUAAAGGUACGUGUAUCACAGCUCUAAAUGGAUGGUAGCUGGGAACGCAGACUCCCCUGUCCCGCCCAGAGUUUACAUCCACCCGGACUCCCCGGCCUCGGGGGAGACGUGGAUGCGUCAGGUGGUCAGCUUCGACAAACUCAAACUGACCAACAACGAGCUGGACGACCAGGGACAUGUAAGUGAGACCGAGAAGAACGCUGUGACACUGAAUACUUGUUUUUAUUUUAAAUAUGAUUUAACUUUUGUGUUUUGUCUUAAAAAGCUUCAUUAACCUUUUAAAUUCAUUAGACUGUAAGCAUAAAACUACAUUUAUCUGCAUGAUACAUAAUAUUUACAACAAGAUUGACUUUCAUAUUUAAGAAAAAAUGAAACAUACUACUCUGAAAUCGAUCAUUCUGCAUGAUUUGUCCUCUGUGAUAUGCUCUACAUGCUGAUAUUCCUCUGGUUUUGCAGGUGCAUGCUUCAGUGCAUCCACACGUGUGCAUGUUCGUUAUGCAACAGUUGUGUUUUACAGCUUAAAGUUACGUCAGGUUUUUUUUUUUUGGCAGCUGAAGCCUGAAGGAAUAUCUUUUUUUUUUUCUUUUUUCCAUCUUUGAUCAGAUCAUCCUGCACUCCAUGCACAAGUACCAGCCGCGGGUCCACGUGAUCCGCAAGGAGUGUGGAGAGGAGUUAUCGCCAGUGAGAGCCGUGCCUGCAGGGGAGGGGACGCGCACUUUCUCCUUCCCUGAAACCGUGUUCACCACCGUCACAGCGUAUCAGAAUCAACAGGUAUCACAGCUGUAGACCGUCUCGAGAUCAAGAUGUGAAAGCAUGAAAUGAGAAAUAAGAUUUUGAUGUUCUGCACUUUAGUCUGGUUCGAAUUUUGAUGACAGAUUCAUGAAAGCAUGUCUUAGAGAAAUGGUCUGAGCUGCAGCCUCACCAAGAAAAAAAGUGACAUCAUUUACGCUUAAUUUUCCAAGUAUUUAUAUUUCAAGUCUUUGAUGAGGGAAACUCAUUAUUUUUCUGUAUUUUUUUGCUUUUAAAUCAGUGAAUGCUAGCUCAGGUUAGCUCGCUCUCGGUGCAGGACGGCUGAAGAACAUGAUGGUAACGUCUAUAAAAGUCCUUUUGGACGCGGGUCAAAGAACCAAGCCUCUAACACCACCACAGCCUGGGCAAGCCUGCAGCAGACACACAAAUGCAGAUUGUGUGCAUUUUAGCUAAACUUAAACAAAACAAAAAUUUAACUCUGUGCGUAAAUGCUUUUUUUUUUAAACCACUUGGACCCUGAGCUGAAAUGAAGUCCACAAAGUAAUCAGUAAUAGCUCAUCAACUGUGUCUAUGAAAAGGUGAUAUCUUGUAUAAUCUAAAUCAAGUGAAAGAUCGGCUGUGGCCUUUAUAAUGCUUGAAUGGUAUCAGAUAAAUUACAGAAAAAAAUCAAAAUUUUAUCUCCGUCUAGAAAACAAAAGUUACGUAAACCCAAUGCCUCUGCCUCUACAACAUCUAACCUGCAAUCCCUCCAAGUUUGGUGUCAUAGAAAUGAUGUGUAACAAUUUUACAGACAUUUUAGUCAGAAGAGUCUCAGGCGGACAUCAUUUGGAGCCAAAAUUGCCAUUUUAUUUAAAAACGCUGGAUUUUUAUGUUAAUUACUUCUUAUUUCUUUUCCUCAAGGACUUCCCCACAAUUUUAGGUCAGUUAAGUUAUUAUUUGCUUUAAAUCAGUGAAUGUUAGUUUAGGUUAGCUCGCUCUCGGUGCAGGACGGCUGAAGAACAUGGCGGUAAUGUCUAUAAAAGUCCCUUUGGAUGCGGGUCAAAGAACCAAGCCUUUAACACCACACACAGUCUGGGCAAGCCUGCAGCAGCCCCACACACACACACACACACACACAGACACACACAUGUAGAUUGUGUGCGAUUUAGCAAAACCUAACCAAUACAAAAAUUUAGAAUUAAAUUGGAUGCAGUACAGUAAAUGUUAUCUUGAACUUUGUGUUUUUGUAUUUUGGGAAUAAUCAGAGUCUUAUUUCACUUUUCAGAUCACAAGACUGAAAAUCGACAGGAACCCGUUCGCCAAAGGCUUCAGAGACUCCGGCAGAAACCGGUGAGUUCAUUCUGAGAGAUUUUCACAUUAUCCUGUGCAUUAGGGGUGAGGCGGGAUGCAUGACUGCAUUAUAUAUUCAUGGCUUGGAUAUGGUUUUUGUCAGAGCUAUUUCUGAACUAUUUUAUGGGGAGUAAAGCUCUGUAUUUAUUUAUUUUUUUUCAACGUGGAAAAUGUGCAACAGCCUCCCAUUAAAUCCAUCCUAAACGAGAGAAAAGAAACCCAACAAAUCCGAGCUGACGUGGCAGAUAUGAUGAUUUCACCCUAUUAACGGGCGACGCAUUUUGAUUUAAAUGUGCUAACUUUAAAGGCGCAUUAAUUCCCACAAUCUCACAGUUACAGGCUCAUGCCUCCAGAGGGAAAAACCUAAACCCCCUGGCUGCAAACCUAAAUGGAGCGUCAGAUUCCUGGCCUCGGGAACAUAAACAUCAACAGCAAAAUAAUAAAAGUCAAGAGUGUCCUGAAGAAAAUCUAUAUAAACACAUUUCUAAACAUAUAUAAACACGGCAUUAAAACAACACGGCAGUAAAACUCCAACAGGCUCCGAACAGCCACUCCCCUGAGGCCGCGCAGAAAUCAUUAGAGAGGAGGGGAAGAAGAGGGAGAACGUGUGAGACAGAAAAAUCGAGAGGGAGGAAGGUAGAGAGCGGCAAACUGGAUAACCCUGACAGCUGACCCUAUAAAGUGAAACUCAGGAAGGCUGGAAAAAACUCGCCUUAAAUAUUACAGGAAGAGUUAAGCAGUUUGCUAAAUAAACUUCUGCUCUGAUAGGCUGCUUUAGAGCGUACACAACCUCCCCGGGCAGCUUGUCUAAAUUAUCACCGUGGCUACAACCCGGCGGGGGGGAGGACUUUUAUCCUCACGCUAACGAGGGGUAACUGAGCGCUCGCAUUACCCCGCCACAGCAGCCCUCUGCCCCACCUAGAGGAGGGAGAGAGGGAUGUAGAUUUUUUUUGGGGGGAAGGGGAGUCCCACCUCAUAAAUCCUUGCUGCGGCUUCCUGCUCCUUCGUCCUGAUUCGCCCGUAAAAGCCGUGUGAAAGCAAUUACCUCCGAGCACCCGGCUGGCAGCAGCCAAUCGCAGUGUGGCGUUUAUGCCCCUCAUUACCUGCGGUCUCCAUGGAGAUGGCAAAAAGAGGCCCCACGGGCGUCUAAGAUGGCCGCCAGGUGGUCGGAGUAAUGUAGGCUUUGAGUGAGGCAUGCUGGGAGUGAGCGGCGGCGGCUGCAGCUGCAUCGGCGACAAAGAGUUCGGCCCCAAAAUGAUUUUCUGAUGAUUUAUUCCAAACGCUAACGUGUUCGUGUUAACGUGUGUUUUAUAGGAUGGGUCUGGAGGCGUUGGUCGAGUCGUACGCGUUCUGGCGUCCAUCUCUGCGGACGCUUACAUUUGAGGACAUCCCUGGCAUGGCCAAGCAAGGUAGAGUUUUCCAAACAUGAAGAAUAUAUGCAUGUGUCAUAUUCCGGCGUAAAAUUAAUUCAGGGUCAAACACACCGUAACACCGAGUUAGACAACCCGUCGAGAGAUGAAUGUUGCUGCUUGCUUCUCUAGUUAUACCAACUUUAGUAACGACCACAGGAUAGCAAUACACAGCGGUCUGAGGAGCCAUAAACAAACAACAACCAAAACGCCACAAAUAAUGUUCAGAACAGCACCUAACUUCAUCAACAGGACAUAUAGGGUCACAGACAUAGUACUAGACAACAAACAUCUUUUAAGACACUAAACACAACUCACCUACUGUCUUCCAGCAGCCGCUUGUUUAUGGCGAGACCUCAGGCCAGUCCAUUACGGACUACAGCGGGGUGCCACAGCUCAAGGAAGAACAUUUAUGAUCAUUACUUCAUGGAAAUACGAUCAGACCAAGACGCUAAGGUAGAAGAACUACCGCGUCUGUGAAAUGAUUAAUAUGGUGAUUAUAACUUCAAGGAAAUGAUAAAAUAAUGAUCAUAAAUGUUCUUCCUUGAGCUGCGUCACCCCGCUGUAGUCGGUAAUGGACUGGCCUGAGGUCUCGCUACAAACAAGCGGCUGCUGGAAGAGAGUAGGUGAGUUGUGUUUAGUCUCUUUGCUAAAGAAAUUAGUCAAAGUUAAAAAGAUGUUUGGAGUCUAGUACAAUGUCUGUGACCCUAUAUGUCCUGUUGAUGAAGUUAGGUGCUGUUCUGAGCAUUAUUUGUGGCUAUAGAGUGGCGUCUUUGUUGAAGUUUGUUUACGGCUCCUCAGACCGCUGUGUAUUGCUAUCGUGCGGCUGUUACUAAAGUUGGUAUAACUAGAGAAGCAAGCGGUCGGCAACAUUCAUCUCUCGACGGGGUGUCUAACUCAGUGUUACGGUGUGUUUGACCCUGAAUUAAUUUUACGCCAGAAUAUCCCUUUAAAGCUCUGAUGUUUUUGUUGAUUUAUCUCCGCUAAUUAUCUGCAAUACUUGCGUGAGUAAAAACUUGUUCAAGUGGACUCAGUUUUCUCUUCUCUUCUCCCUGGUUCCGUUUCUGUAGGGGUCCCGGGAGCUCACGGAGCAUCGCCUCACCUGCUCUCCACGUCCCCAUGCUCCUCCCCUUUCCAGGUUUGCCCUCUCAGCCCACCGGACUACACGUGCAGCCGACCCGCGCACCCUCUGCACCGCUACAGCAACGCUCCAGAUCCGUUCCCUCCUCCCAGAGGACCGUCCGCCUAUGAGAGCGAAGGAUUCUGCUCCCUGCCUCUCCCCGCCUCACAACUCAGCUAUCUCGCUAACCCCACGCCGCAGGGCUACGCCGGUCUACGCCUCCACACGCCGCCUUACAGCCUGUACGGUUACACAUUCCCAUCUUCACCACGCCUCGCUGCCAGCCCUGAUAAAAUGGCGGCCGCUGCCACUGCCAAUCACCCGAGUCCCUUUCUCGGCUCGUCUCCCAGUGGGACUCUAACAGACAGUCUGGGCAUGCUCAGUGGAGGACAGCAGGGCUUCUUGUUUGACUCUCGGACUUUAGGACUGGCAGGUAGCCAAGCGGGGAGCGGGGCCUCGCAGGUCACCGCUCACAUGGGCUGAAUCUGACUCCGGGGUUGUCGAGAAUCAGACACAGACGAGAGACCACGAAGAGUCCGUCAAGACUUCUUGAACUGAAGGGAAUAUUUUACCGAGUCCUUAUCUUACGCACGCUCUGCGGGACGCGCAGAGGCGGACACCGAAGAGACAAACAUCCUGCAACAAGGAGACUGAACUGGUGCUGAAUACGGACUGGGCCGGUCCUGGCACUCAUGCAAGAACUUGCCAGACCCUGAACCAGACCCUUUAAUUCUCACAUGAUCUUCUUCAGUGUCUCCUCAAUCUUGCAGACUUUGGAUUAAGUUACUAAACACAUCUUUUACAUCUUUUAAGUCAAAAUCAUUGAAUUCAGCCGAUUGAUCGACAUGUAGUUCAUGUAUAAAAUGCACUACACACAGGAACUUUUGACCACUCAGACUGAAAAAAGACUCCAACUCCUUCUCGCAAUGACAUCAUGGUCGUGACAAGAGCCGCGGGAGAUACCCGGGGAGACAGCUACGGACCGACUGAGUCAAAGCCGGGGGAUGAUGAUUGACGACAGAGCGAGGAACAGACAGACGUUUACGUGAAGCAGCUGCUCGGGUGUCAGGCUGAAGUACAUCUUUCCUCGUGUGACAAUCUUAACCGCGCAUGAUGACUCUGUAUAUAGCGGAGGGAGGAGGGAUGUGUAUAUAAAGGGGCCGUGUGACCCCCUUCGCACUUAAAAAACCUCAAUGCACCUGCUUCUGCUCUUUAGACCGGGUCAGGUACGCUAACGGCCAACCCUGAACCCCGCCUGAAAAAGCUUUUCUUCUCGAACACGCGCUAUAUCGGCACGCCCUUUGCCCGAGGACAUGAACGUGUUCUGUGACCUUUUUGAGCCAAUAAAGUGUAUCUUUUCAUGUCACUUUGUAAACAUGUAAUCCAUAUUCUACUAAUUUAAGUGAACUUUACGGCUUUAACAUCCGUAUGUGUGGCGGGUUUUCUUUAAAAACGCUUUUCUUGAUGCGAAAAAAUUAACAUUUUGUUGUGAAAACAAAGAAAAUGAAGGACUGACUGCUCAUGAUUUGUAGCUUUUGCAUAUAUUUUCUGAUAAAACAGUAAAAAAUGA